UGCACAUGCGCACUGCACAGCUGACUGUUGACGUAACACAUGUUGACGUUUGUGUCUAAUAUGGCUUCCAGCGCCUGGUCCCAAAGAAUACUGCAGCUUCUUCGGCGAAUGAACAACUUUUAUUCAGCAGGUUCCAGUCGGUCCAGCUGCUUCAGGUUUGAGAUAGACGGAGCCCAGGUUGGCUGGAUUCCUCCCCAUGUCGUCUCUCUGCUCACUCCACACGCGGAUGUGUUCCUUCCGCCACAGAGGGGCGCUGUUUCCCUUUAUCCCAGCCUCGACUGCUACGAGAAGAGGUCAGAGGCGGUGAACGAUGUUUUAGGGGCCCUCAGGCAGGAGAGCUCUCUGACCUGCCUCAGAGGAUGGAGGGAUGAGAGGUACAGUGUGAAACAGAGAUUCUGUGACGUGCCUCUGAUGUGGAUGGAAAGAGCCGCCACAAGUAUUUUUGGUGUUAAAAGGUACGGAGUUCAUAUUAAUGGAUACACUGUGAACGGCAGCGGGGAGAUUAGCAUGUGGCUAGCCCGACGGUCCGUCACCAAGCAGACGUAUCCUGGACGGCUGGACAACAUGGCGGCUGGUGGUCUGGCUGCUGAUGUUGGAAUCAAACACACUCUGAUCAAAGAGUGUGAGGAGGAAGCUUGUAUCCCAGCAGACAUCGCUGCGAAGGCGUCGCCAGUAUCGACCGUAAGCUACACCUACGAGGAUGAAGAGGGGGUUUUCCCAGAGAGCCAGUUUGUCUUCGAUUUAGAACUUCCCCUGGACUUUGUGCCCUGCAUAGGAGAUGGAGAAGUUCAGGAUUUCUACCUGCUGCCCAUAGAGGAGGUGAAGGAACUGCUGGCCACUGACGACUUCAAGCCCAACUCUGCCAUGGUCAUCCUGGACUUUCUCAUUCGACACUCGCUCAUCGAGCCGGACACAGAACCGUACUAUCAGGAAUUUGUAACGGGACUCCAUCAAACACUGUAGACCCAAAAUGCAGUUAUCACGUCUUCCGUAAAUGCAGAGGCCAUCUUGGAGUCCGGUAACUCGGAGCCGAGCAUUUGGGGGAGUUGGUCACUUGAUAACAGCAGACUGGGCGUCAGAACUGGGACGGAUCCGGUCUACCUCAACUCUUGGAACAUCUCAGAGAUGUUUAUAUAAUGGGUCAAAGCCCUGAAGUUGGGAUUUUGCUCAUUAUUUAGGGAUUCUUCCAAAUCUGUACGAUGAGGAAUUAAAGGUGGAAUGCCGAGGUGCAGAACCUGACCUGAGGACGAUCGACCAGACUUCACCCAGCUCUCCUUUCUCCUCCUCUGCCUUUUCUUCUCAUCAUCUCUUAAAGCGCUCCUCACCUCUGAAAUGACUCGUCCUUCUUUGAACACAGCCUUCUUAAGUUACUGUAAAUCAUAAAUGUUUAACAUUAUCUGAAUGAAAUGACCUCCUGUUUGUUUGUUUGUUGUUUUUUUGGUUCCAGCUGUUUAAAAGCCAGAUUUUCUUUUUCUCAA